CAUUGGGUAGUUUGAUUCUUUAUGCAGUACAGUAAUGACGACUGACGUUGAACGGUCUGGCUGUGUUGACCUAGUAAGAGCAGAGAUCAAGUCGUAGUUGUUUUGUGAGACCUGAUUGUUGCCAUUCCAGUGAUCUGAUCAAGCUGAUAUUCCAAAGAACGUUCUCGCCGCUUCCAAGACCGUGAUAAAGCCUGAGUUUGCACAGCAAACACUCAUCUUUGUCUGAGCAGAUCCCGUCUCUUCGUAUUUCAUGCGUGAAAUCCACAACGUUCAAGAAGGUCUUGGUCAUGCACCCGCGUCGACGCCAGUAGAUGUCCAAUGCCUACACAGAUUGUACAAUGGACUCGCCAAUGCACUGCUGCAUGACCUGGCCACUCCAGCAGCUCUCCAGAAUCAACCUCCUCCUCUUAAUUCAGCCAUCGUUCGAGACAUAGCACCCGAUGACCUUCGAAGCUAUCAUCCAGGGCAUGAAGGAGUCUCGGGCGACGGACACAGAUAUCAUGAAGCUGGUGUUCCAUUGGACAACCUUGACUCUGCACAAGGAGGUGUGGCGAAAAGAUGUGAUGGAAUCGGUAACCACUGAUGAGUAAUGAUGUUGAUGGAGUUUUUUUGCGAGGAGGAUUCGGAGCGAGAGGAGAAACAGGAUUGAAAAGGGUUGAAGCCUUGAGCUUUCUUGUUUGGUCGUUUUCCGGAUUGGAAGGUAGCGUUGGUUGUUCCUGCGACUUUCAGUCGUUUUCGCAAAAGAUUGGCAUGACUCACCUAUUUACUUGAUCAGACAUUGACCUGAUCGGCACCUGCUUCACAUUACUCGUUCAGGGCGAAUUGGGAA